AUUGGAAAAGAAUUACAUUCCAAUUCCAUAAAUAAUUACAUACAGUACAUUGAAGAAUUGAAAAAUUACCUUGCAAAAAAUAAAGAAAUAGUAAUUGACAAGGCAAUAUUUCAAGCUGUCAUGCAGAUAAGGAAGGGGGAAAUGAAAGUUAGUCAGGAGGCGAUACAUUAUCUUUUAUCUCAUUGUAUCAAAAAUCGUAGUGUAAACACAGAGGACAAAACAUUAUCAUUCAAAGAGGUAAUCAAUUGCCUAAAAGAGGCAAUGGGAGCUAAAGGAUAUUUUCAUGAUAGUAAUUUGAACAAGUUACUGAACGAUCAGGACAAAGAUGGUAUCUCACUGCUACAUAAAGCUGUUUUAGAAAAUAACACCGAUGCAAUAAAAACUCUUCUUGCAAAUGAUGUGAAUUCUCUUGCCAUAAGUAAAGAUAAUAAAACACCAUUCACAUUAGAUGGUAUAAGCUUAAGUGCAAAAAGUGCGCUACUUGACGGCAUGAGCGAGCAAUCUAAGCGAUAUAAAGAAAAUACCCUGGUAAAUUCCUCAAUUGCUUUUGCUACUGGUUUUUUCUCUACAGUUGGAGUAGGUACUGCUAUGUGUCUGGUACUAGGUGAUGGAGCCAGUUCUUGUCGCACUGCAGUAGCAAUAGGCAUGUCUCUUGCUCUAUUAGUUGGUGGAGUUGCUUUACUAGCUGUCUAUUCUUUCAGCCCAGACUACAAACAAGCUAAAGCAAUAGAUACAUUUCUUUUUUCGAAGGAAGCAUCCCUUGAGGCAACUGGAACAACCCAUGUAG